AUGGCAGAGGUGAAUCAUUAUCAGUUCAAUGUCGUCAUGACUUGUUCGGGAUGUUCUAGUGCAAUUAACAAGGUUUUGACAAAAUUAGAACCAGACGUUUCAAAAAUAGAUAUAUCACUUGAACAGCAAUCAGUGGAUGUAUAUACCACACUUCCCUAUGAUCUUAUUUUGGAAAAGAUUAAGAAAACCGGAAAAGAAGUCAAAACGGGGAAGCAGCUAUGA